GUUCAGCUCAGCCCACCCUGGGCUUCACUCCUCCUUCAUUUCAUUCUUUUCUUGUUCGUUAUUUAAGACGCUCUCCACUAUGGCGGAGACAGAUAUUCACGACGUACCGUCUACAUCGUCCAAAGACUCUGAUCUUGAUGCUAUCGCAGAAUCUACAGAGGACGUGGAACGGCUCUCGGACAUAACGUCCCAGGGGAAUGCCACCGCUGACGACCCUUCAGCCAAUGGCGACACGAGGCCUGUAAACGAAACUCCAGAAGGACCUGUUGAGAAUUCGACGAAGACGGAGGAAAGAAAAGCAUCACAGAAGGCCAAAUCCACCACUGCUAAGCCAUCCAUGUCAGUCAAAGCUGGUACUACCACGACCAAGCCUCGCGGUCCUACAACUCCCAUUGUUAAGAAGGUAUUGAAUUCUGGAACGUUUGGGUCGGGCUCUGUUAAACCGCCAUCUACCAGGCCAGCACCACACGCCGCCGAUUCUGCUGCUAAGCACCCUGCGCCGUCCCUGAGAAGAUCCACCAACUCUGCCUCGACUAAACCACCAAUGGCUUCACGACCUGCCGCAGCAGCAACAUCAUCAUCAUCCUCUGCUACUGCAGUCCGGAGGUCCUCAGCACCACCUACCAAGACUCCGUUAUCACAUUUCUCGAAGCCAACCACUGGCGUAACCGCGGCCUCUGCUUCGGGCAGCCACACGUCCGCCUCUCCAGCCGCUCCCAAAGCGACAUCACCCGUUCGUCCGCGCGCAUCUGUUUCUGAUGCUGUGAAGAGGGCACCCUUGGCGUCACGGCAAAGCUUGCCCAGUACAGCUAAGCCUUCUUCGGCCAAGGCACCUGCCGCAAAGCCAGCUUCCACCGCCCCGAAAGUUCGUACGACAUCCUCUAUCUCUUCCAUCCGCGAAGUUCGGGAUGAUAGUAAGCUUUUGGAGGAACUACAAACCAAGGUCAAGGAUGCCACCGAUGCUCUUACGUCCAAGACGGAAGAAGCCACGGACCUCAAGGCUCAAUUGUCGCAAGCCAAUGCAUCCCUUGAAGCCGUCAAAGUCGAGCUGGAAUCGAAGAUAUCUGCAGCUGUACAGUCAGAGGAAAGCAAAGCUUCGCUAGAGGUGCAAGUGGAGAGUGCCCAGGCGGCGUACAAGGAGUUGAAGCAUUCGCAUGCGGAAGGUGUCAUUGCCCUAGAAGCCGUGCGGAAAGCGCUUGAAGACGCGAGGGCUGCAAUGUUGACCCAGGCUGAGCUUGUUGCCAGUCUGCAGGAACAUAUUAAGGAGCUGGAAGCCGAAGUUGCCGAGACAAAGGACAACAUUAAGGCUCUUAAAGAUGCCACGUCUGCCGCGACAUCAGAAGCGGCUUCAGCAGCUUCCGUGGAACAUGAUGCUUUGCUUAAAGCUCAGGCGAAUCUCUCAGAAAUCCAAGCAGAAUUGAAAGAGUUGACAAAAUCUCAUGAUCUGGCUCUGACAAAAGCUCAGAAUAAGAUUGCCGAGCUGGAAAUGCAGGCGGCAGAAGUGGCCGCAUUGGAGGCUCUGACUGCUUCUCUGCAGGAGGAGAAAGAAGAAAACGCGAGCAAGGUGUCGGAGCUGGAGGUCGAGAUCUUGGAAUUGAAGGAGAGCCAAGAGACGUUCGGUGAAGAGCGGGAGCAAUCACUAAUGAAGCUGAAGGCGCUGCAAGACGAACUCGCCGCCGCCACCGCCGCCGCCGAGAAAGCUAAUGGCUAUGUUCAAGCAAAGGAAGCAGAGUACGCAUCCAACGUGGAAACGGUCAAGGUAGAGCAUGAGAAUGCCCUCAAAGCUGCUGCCGAAGAACAUUCCAAAGUUCUUGAUCAGCUCGAUUCCCUGAAGAGCGAAUUGGCUGCUGCGCUUUCUACUCAGGAAGUUCUCAAGAACAAGGCACUAGUGACUGCCGAGACACAUUCUCGUUCCCUCGACGAAGCUGAACAACGACACCUUGCUAGGCAGAGCGAGCUCUCAGAAGAGAUCAACAGGAUCACCGCAGAGCUGGAGGGACAAGAAGCACAAUACAAUGCUAAAGUCGGUACCGUCAAGGAGGAGCACAGCAAGUUACUGCAAGAGGCUUUUGAGCGUGCUAAGACAGAAGCUGGGGACGAGCACAAGAAAGAUUUAAAUUCUGUUCGGACAGAUUUCGAGUCCACAAUAGCUCAGAUGGCUGCCACUCACCAGUCUUCUCUGGAAGGUCUGAAGGCGGAGCACGCCUCUACUCUUGAAGCCCAAGCUAAGACGCUCGAAAAGCAGAUCGGCAACCUUACCUUGGAACUGAAAGCUACACAAGACGACCUAGCGAAAGCCAAGGCGUCUUUCGAGUCAGCUCGUGUGGAGAUCGAUCUCCUCACUAUCCAGCGCGAUGAAGCUCGAGCAGCUGCAGCGGCUGUUCCCGAGGUAUCGCCGGAACAAGCGGAAGAAAUUGUGAGACUUACAACUCAGUUGUCCGUAAUCAGGGACGAUCUCUCUGCGAUUACCGAUAUGCUCAAUCUCACCAAGGACUCCCUGACUGAGAUGUCGCACAAUCAUACAAAGGAGCUAGAGGAGGUGGCCAAGGCACGGGCUGAGGAGGUUACUAAACUGCAUACUGCUCAUGACGAAGAGCUUUCGGUGCUAGCUACCCAGAAAUCGGAGCUACUCGUGAAGGUUUCUGAUUUGGAAGGUGAGUUGGCUACUGCGAAGGCAGCGCUUGCGGUGGAGGCUGCUGUCCCCAAGAGCAAUGGAGCUGCUGCACCUCAGUCGCCCGGCGUAACGAAGGAGGAGCUGCAACGCUUGCAUGAGGCGCAUAACCUGAAGGUAUAUGACCUGGAAGCUGAACACGAGAAGGCUUUGAAGGCUAUAGCUGCCAAACUUGAAGCAGCGGAGGCUCAAGCGAAGGAAUCCAAACUCGAAGUGGAACGUAAGGAGAUGGAGAUCAAGUAUCUCGAAUCUGAUCAAGAAGAGGCUUCGGAGCAGAUCACUCGAUUGAAAGAAGACAUUGAGAUGCUGUCUGGACAGCUGAAAGUCAGGGAUACCGGCUCGGAUUGUUAAAUUUUAACAUAUGCACUGGCCGUUUGCCUUGCCUACAUUCACCGACGAUUUUAAUUUCCGUAUAUUACUAUGUAUGCCCUGUCACUUCGGAUAUCCUUCAAUGUGUUUAGUUUUCAUGCAUACCCCUGCCUAUCAUGACUGUUGCCAUUUGCCUUCA